GUAGGGAAGACACCACCGCUGAGACCUGGCCCCUGUGAGGAGACCCCCUGCCUGACUGCUGCUGUGGCCACGAGGACCCGUCUCUGAAAUGAAAGCCAUGCCUUGGAACUGGACUUGCCUGCUGUCCCAUCUGCUGAUGGUGGGCAUGGGUUCCUCCACUCUGCUGCCCCAGCAGCCUCCCUCGCUCUCCCAGACGCGGCCUUUGGUCACAUUCCGCGGAGAGUCCUCGGAGGGCUUCAACCACCUGGUGGUGGACGAGAGGACAGGGCACCUUUACUUGGGGGCCGUCAACCGGAUCUACAAGCUCUCCAGUGACCUGAAAGUCCUGGUGACCCACCAGACAGGGCCGGACGAGGACAAUCCCAAGUGCUACCCACCCCGUAUUGUCCAGACCUGCAAUGAGCCCCUGACCACCACCAACAAUGUCAACAAGAUGCUGCUCAUAGACUACAAGGAGAACAGGCUCAUUGCCUGUGGGAGCCUCUACCAGGGCAUCUGCAAACUCCUGAGGCUGGAAGACCUCUUCAAACUAGGGGAACCCUUCCAUAAGAAAGAGCACUACCUGUCCGGAGUCAAUGAAAGUGGCUCCGUAUUUGGAGUGAUUGUCUCCUACAGCAACCUGGACGACAAGCUCUUCAUUGCCACGGCAGUCAAUGGGAAGCCCGAGUAUUUUCCCACCAUCUCCAGCCGGAGGCUGACCAAGAACUCUGAGGCCGAUGGCAUGUUCGCGUACGUCUUCCAUGAUGAGUUUGUGGCCUCGAUGAUUAAGAUCCCUUCGGACACCUUCACUGUCAUCCCCGACUUCGAUAUCUACUAUGUCUAUGGCUUCAGUAGUGGCAACUUUGUCUACUUUUUGACCCUUCAGCCUGAGAUGGUAUCUCCCCCAGGCUCCACAACAAAGGAGCAGGUCUAUACAUCCAAGCUCGUGAGGCUUUGCAAGGAGGAUACUGCCUUCAACUCCUACGUGGAGGUGCCCAUAGGCUGUGAGCACGAUGGGGUUGAGUACCGCCUGCUGCAGGCUGCCUACCUGUCCAAAGCUGGGGCCGUGCUGGCCCGGACCCUGGGGGUCCGUCCAGAUGACGACCUCCUCUUCACGGCCUUCUCCAAGGGCCAGAAGCGGAAGAUGAAGUCGCUGGAUGAGUCGGCCCUGUGCAUCUUCAUCUUGAAGCAGAUCAACGACCGCAUCAAGGAGCGGCUGCAGUCCUGCUACCGCGGCGAGGGCACACUGGAUCUGGCCUGGCUCAAAGUCAAGGACAUUCCCUGCAGCAGUGCGCUCUUGACCAUUGAUGACAACUUCUGUGGCCUGGACAUGAAUGCCCCGCUGGGUGUGUCUGAGAUGGUACGGGGCAUCCCUGUCUUCACUGAGGACAGUGACCGCAUGACUUCUGUCAUUGCCUAUGUCUACAAGAAUCACUCCCUGGCCUUCGUGGGCACCAAGAGCGGCAAGCUGAAGAAGCUGAGAGCUCCAGGCCCUCCCCACACCCCACUCUAUUCAUGGAUCUCUGUAGAGAAGGGGGGAAGUCCUUUGGCACGUCUCACUUCAUUCUCCGUUAGUUGGAGAUACAUAUAUCUGUAUUCUGAAAAGCAACUGACCCGAGUGCCGGUGGAGUCCUGCAGUCAGUACAGGAGCUGUAGCGAGUGUCUUGGCUCUGGCGAUCCCCACUGUGGCUGGUGUGUGCUCCACAACACAUGCACCCGGAAGGAACGGUGUGAGCGCUCCAGGGAGCCCCGCAGGUUUGCCUCAGAGAUGAAGCAAUGUGUCCGGCUGACGGUCCAUCCCAACAACAUCUCCGUCUCUCAGUACAAUGUGUUGCUGGUCCUGGAGACCUACAACGUCCCAGAGCUGUCAGCUGGAGUCAACUGCACCUUUGAGGACCUGUCAGAGAUGGAUGGGCUGGUAGUGGGCAAUCAGAUCCAGUGCUACUCGCCCGCAGCCAAGGAGGUGCCCCGCAUCAUCACAGAAAAUGGGGACCACCACGUUGUCCAGCUGCAGCUCAAGUCCAAGGAGACAGGCAUGACCUUCGCCAGCACCAGCUUCGUCUUCUACAACUGCAGCGUCCACAACUCGUGCCUAUCCUGUGUGCAGAGUCCAUACCGCUGCCACUGGUGUAAAUAUCGACACGUCUGUACCCACGACCCCAAGACAUGCUCCUUCCAGGAAGGCCGCGUGAAGCUGCCAGAGGACUGUCCCCAGCUGCUGCGCGUGGACAAGAUCCUGGUGCCUGUGGAGGUAAUCAAGCCCAUCACUCUGAAGGCCAAGAACCUGCCUCAGCCCCAGUCGGGCCAGCGCGGGUACGAGUGCGUCCUCAGCAUCCAGGGCAGUGAGCAGCGUGUGCCCGCCCUGCGCUUCAACAGCUCCAGCGUGCAGUGCCAGAACACCUCGUAUUCCUACGAAGGCAUGGAGAUCAACAACCUGCCUGUGGAGCUGACAGUUGUGUGGAACGGGCACUUCAGCAUCGACAAUCCAGCUCAGAACAAAGUCCACCUGUACAAGUGUGGAGCCAUGCGCGAGAGCUGCGGGCUGUGCCUCAAGGCAGACCCCGACUUCGAGUGUGGCUGGUGCCAGGGCCAGGGCCAGUGCACCCUGCGCCAGCACUGCCCCACCCACGAGAGCCAGUGGCUGGAGCUCUCAGGGGCCAACAGCAAGUGUACGAACCCCCGCAUCACCGAGAUAAUCCCAGUGACGGGCCCCCGGGAAGGGGGCACCAAGGUCACCAUCCGAGGGGAGAACCUGGGCCUGGAAUUCCGGGACAUCGCCUCCCACGUCAAAGUGGCAGGCGUGGAGUGCAACCCUUUGGUGGAUGGCUACAUCCCCGCGGAACAGAUCGUAUGUGAGAUGGGGGAGGCCAAGCCCAGUCAGCACGCCGGCUUUGUGGAGAUCUGCGUGGCUGUGUGUCGGCCCGAGUUCAUGGCCCGCUCCUCGCAGCUCUACUACUUCAUGACGCUGACUCUCUCUGACCUGAAGCCCAGCCGGGGACCCAUGUCUGGGGGCACCCAAGUGACCAUCACGGGCACCAAUCUGAACGCUGGCAGCAAUGUGGUGGUGAUGUUUGGGAAGCAGCCCUGCCUCUUCCACAGGCGAUCCCCAUCCUACAUCAUCUGCAACACCACGUCCUCAGAGGACGUGCUGGAGAUGAAGGUGAUGGUGCAGGUUGACAGGGCCAGGAUCCACCAGGACCUGUUCUUCCAGUACGUGGAGGACCCCACCAUCGUGCGGAUCGAGCCCGAGUGGAGCAUCGUCAGUGGGAACACACCCAUUGCUGUGUGGGGGACACACCUGGACCUCAUACAGAACCCCCAGAUCCGGGCCAAGCAUGGUGGGAAGGAGCACAUCAACAUCUGUGAGGUCCUGAAUGCCACCGAGAUGACCUGCCAGGCCCCGGCCCUCGCCCUGGGGCCCGACCACCAGUCCGACCUGACUGAGAGGCCCGAGGAGUUUGGCUUCAUCCUGGACAAUGUCCAGUCCCUGCUCAUCCUCAACAAGACCAACUUCACCUACUACCCCAACCCAGUGUUUGAGGCCUUUGGUCCCUCAGGGAUCUUGGAGCUCAAGCCUGGCACACCUAUCAUCCUGAAGGGCAGGAACCUGAUCCCGCCGGUGGCUGGGGGCAACGUGAAGCUGAAGUACACGGUGCUGGUCGGGGAGAAGCCGUGCACCGUGACUGUGUCCGACGUGCAGCUGCUGUGCGAAUCUCCCAACCUCAUCGGGCGCCACAAAGUGAUGGCCCGAGUCGGCGGCAUGGAAUACUCCCCGGGCAUGGUGUACAUCGCGCCCGACAGCCCGCUCAGCCUGCCCGCCAUCGUCAGCAUCGCCGUGGCUGGCGGCCUCCUCCUCAUCUUCAUUGUGGCGGUUCUCAUCGCCUACAAGCGCAAGUCCCGAGAGAGCGACCUCACGCUGAAGCGCCUGCAGAUGCAGAUGGACAACCUGGAGUCCCGCGUGGCCCUGGAGUGCAAGGAAGCAUUUGCUGAGCUGCAGACAGACAUCCACGAGCUGACCAGCGACCUGGACGGUGCCGGGAUCCCCUUCCUGGACUACAGAACCUACACCAUGCGUGUGCUGUUCCCGGGGAUUGAAGACCACCCCGUCCUCCGGGACCUUGAGGCCCCAGGCUACCGGCAGGAGCGCGUGGAGAAGGGCCUGAAGCUCUUUGCGCAGCUUAUCAACAACAAGGUGUUCCUGUUGUCCUUCAUCCGCACGCUCGAGUCCCAGCGCAGCUUCUCCAUGCGCGACCGUGGCAACGUGGCCUCACUCAUCAUGACGGUGCUGCAGAGCAAGCUGGAGUACGCCACCGACGUGCUCAAGCAGCUGCUGGCCGACCUCAUUGACAAGAACCUGGAGAGCAAGAACCACCCCAAGCUGCUGCUCAGGAGGACGGAGUCGGUGGCUGAAAAGAUGUUGACCAAUUGGUUCACUUUCUUACUCUACAAGUUCCUCAAGGAAUGUGCUGGGGAGCCGCUCUUCUCCCUGUUCUGUGCCAUCAAGCAGCAGAUGGAGAAAGGUCCCAUCGAUGCCAUCACGGGCGAGGCCCGCUACUCCCUGAGUGAGGACAAGCUCAUUCGCCAGCAGAUCGACUAUAAGACCCUGGUCCUGAGCUGUGUCAACCCAGACAACGCCAACAGCCCCGAGGUCCCCGUGAAGAUCCUUAACUGCGACACCAUCACGCAGGUCAAGGAGAAGAUUCUGGAUGCCAUCUUCAAGAACGUACCCUGCUCCCACCGGCCCAAGGCUGCAGACAUGGACCUGGAGUGGCGGCAAGGCAGUGGGGCGAGGAUGAUCCUGCAGGAUGAGGACAUCACCACCAAGAUUGAAAACGACUGGAAGAGACUGAACACCCUGGCCCAUUACCAGGUGCCAGAUGGUUCCGUGGUGGCCUUAGUGUCCAAGCAGGUGACAGCUUAUAAUGCAGUGAACAACUCCACAGUCUCCAGGACCUCAGCCAGUAAAUAUGAGAACAUGAUCCGGUACACGGGCAGUCCCGACAGCCUCCGCUCCCGCACGCCCAUGAUCACCCCCGACCUGGAGAGUGGAGUCAAGAUGUGGCACCUGGUCAAAAACCACGAGCACGGGGACCAGAAGGAGGGUGACCGGGGAAGCAAGAUGGUGUCCGAAAUCUAUCUGACCCGACUGCUGGCCACCAAGGGCACUCUGCAGAAGUUCGUGGAUGACCUCUUCGAGACCAUCUUUAGCACAGCGCACCGGGGCUCGGCCCUGCCCUUGGCCAUCAAGUACAUGUUCGACUUCCUGGAUGAGCAGGCAGACAAGCACGGCAUUCACGACCCACAUGUCCGCCACACCUGGAAGAGCAACUGCCUGCCUCUGAGGUUUUGGGUCAAUAUGAUCAAGAACCCGCAGUUUGUGUUCGACAUCCACAAGAAUAGCAUCACGGAUGCCUGCCUCUCGGUGGUGGCCCAGACCUUCAUGGACUCCUGCUCCACAUCGGAGCACCGGCUGGGCAAGGACUCACCCUCCAACAAGCUGCUGUAUGCCAAGGACAUCCCCAGCUACAAGAGCUGGGUGGAGAGGUAUUACUCAGACAUCGGGAAGAUGCCAGCCAUCAGCGACCAGGACAUGAACGCGUACCUGGCCGAGCAGUCCCGCAUGCACAUGAAUGAGUUCAACACCAUGAGCGCACUCUCCGAGAUCUUCUCCUACGUGGGCAAGUACAGCGAGGAGAUCCUUGGCCCUCUGGACCAUGACGACCAGUGUGGGAAGCAGAAACUGGCCUACAAACUAGAACAAGUCAUAACCCUCAUGAGCUUAGACAGCUGAGAACCAUCCUCCAGGGCUGCCCUGGAGGGGGACACACCAAGCCGUGCCUCAGUCUCGAUCAUCAUCUUUA